CUCCGCUAAUCAAAUUCUUCUCCUCGUCUCGUCAUCGAUGGCGGACUGGAACCCUAGGCCGGUGCAGUUGUUCGUGAGGCUACUUGACGGUAGAUCAGCAACCCUGACCUUCCCCUCCCCUCACGCGUAUGGUCACCAGAUCAAGCGACGGAUCUUCGAGCUUACGAAGAUUCCGACGAAUCUGCAGCGUCUGAUAUGCGGCGGUUAUCAGAUCUCCGAUACCGGCGAGGUUUCUCUUCCGGACUCUACCGUGAAUCUCGUCCUCUCUCUCAGGGGAGGCAAGGGAGGGUUCGGAUCGCUGCUUCGUGGCGCGGCGACGAAAGCUGGGCAGAAGAAGACCAACAACUUCGACGCGUGUAGGGAUAUGAGUGGGCGGAGGCUGAGGCAUGUAAACGCGGAGAAGAAGCUGGAGGAGUGGAAGGCAGAGGAGGAUGAGAGGAAGCUCGAAAAAUUGGCGCAGGAGUUUCUGAAGAAGCAGGCGAAGAAGGGGAAGCAAGGCGUUGGAGACGGAGCGGUGCAGAAGUACGUGGACAAGUAUAGGAAAGAAUCUGACAAGUGCAUCGAGGCGGUGGAGCUGGCGCUCAAAGAAUCUUUCCAGCACGGGAAGAGGAAGGGGAAGACGGGUGCAGAUUCCGAGAAGUCGAAGCGACUGAAGAUAUGGAAGGGGAAGAGAGUUAUGGGAGAUAGUGACAGUGACGAUAGCAGCGAUGAGGAAGAUGGAGAGGAGGAUGUGAAUGGUAGCCAGGUGGCAUCAGAUAAGGAUACAGAGGGAAGCUCAGGCUCGGCUAUGGGCCGAGCCCAUGACGGGGACUCCUCCGGUGGAGCUUCAUGUGAGAGGAGUGGUUCUGAGGAGGAGAAAGACGUUGUUGGCCACCAUAGUUCAGAUGCACCGGUUGUUACUAGCGAGAAAGCAGGUCAAGCCGAGAAGGGGGAGGAUUCGAGUGGAGAAGAAAGAAAAAACUCAGUGGAAAUAGCUUGCCAACCUUCAAUGCUGUCAAGUUUGGCGAAUGAUGAAACUGUCAAGGAAGCUACCGAUUCUGCCAUGAACCAAGCAGUAGAGACAAACUCUGCUGCCGAGGAUGAUGAUAAGAGUGAUAAGUCUGAAAAGCCACUCAACUUCGAUGAUUUCGGUUCAGCUGCUGAAAUGGAGAAUCUGGGGAUGGAAAGAUUGAAAAUGGAGCUUCAGAAAAGGGGGAUGAAAUGCGGAGGAACCCUUCAAGAACGAGCAUCGAGGCUCUUCCUCCUGAAAUCAACACCUUUCCACGAACUCCCCAAGAAAUUGCUGGCCAAGAAAUGACCAAAAAAAUCCACGUGGGAUUUUCGCUCCUCUGUUGUGUAGAUUAUUGUUAUAAGACAAAAGUUGUCUUUGUUUGUCACGAGAACAAAGCUAUCAUGUAUCUUUGAUGGUUGUUUUUGGUCGGGAGUCAACCUCUCAGACGUUUUCUUUCUCUCUACUGACCAAUGAGGAGUUUGGUUAUAUAAAUACAAGACUUUCUCCA